AAAUCAAACCAAUUAAUUGGAAAAGCCGAGUCUAAAUCUCCCUUCCCUUCCCUUCCCUUGCCUUGUAAUAUACUUCACCAUCACCAUCUUACCGAGCUUCUGAUUGAUCUUCACCUUUCACCCUACACUCCCAUUUCCUAUUAUAUCUUAAACCUUACCAACAACCUCACGACCGAGCUUUUCUUGAUUCUCACCAUUCAUAUGCUGCUCUAUUCCAUUCCCAAACACCCCCUACUUGGAAUCUCUCAAAACUCGACUGCAAUUAGAUGGUGGAGCCAUCAACGCCCACAACGAACCCUUCGUGCUGCUGGUGGAGAUGGUACUCGUUGCUGUACGCCGCCAACCACCACCACCGCCGUUGGAUCCCCUUCCCCGCCACUUUCUUCUCAACGCAUAGGACCCUUCUCACUGCCAUUUUCCUGGCCUUCUUCUUCACCGUAUUUUAUUGGCAGAAGGAAGCCACCGCUGGUGGGCUGUUGAUUUUCCGGCGGAAUUUUCCGUCCCGGCAGUUCCCAAAGCUGAGGCCCAUCGCUUUUAACUUGACGGACUUUGGAGGUGUUGGCGAUGGUCUCACCCUUAAUACGGCGGCAUUUGAGCGGGCGGUGGUGGCGAUCUCCAAGCUGGGGAAAAAGGGUGGCGGACAGCUCAAUGUUCCACCUGGAAAUUGGCUUACGGCGCCGUUUAAUCUGACUAGUCACAUGACUCUCUUCCUCGCUGAGGGUGCUGUUAUUCUCGGCAUUGAUGAUGAGAAGUAUUGGCCUCUCAUGCCUCCAUUGCCUUCUUAUGGCUAUGGGAGAGAGCAUCCUGGUCCACGAUACGGAAGUUUGAUCCAUGGCCAACAUCUCAAAGAUGUUGUUAUUACAGGGCAUAAUGGCACCAUUAAUGGCCAGGGUCAAACGUGGUGGAGAAAAUAUAAACAGAAGCUUCUUAACCACACGAGAGGACCACUUGUGCAGAUCAUGUGGUCCACUGACAUUGUGGUAUCUAACAUAACAUUACGCGAUUCUCCUUUUUGGACUCUUCACCCGUAUGACUGCAGAAAUGUGAGGCUGAAGAAUUUAACUAUCCUUGCACCCGUUUAUCAAGCUCCGAAUACUGAUGGCAUAGAUCCUGAUUCAUGCGAGGACAUGGUGAUUGAGGACUGCUACAUAAGCGUUGGGGACGAUUGUGUCGCAAUCAAGAGCGGGUGGGACCAAUACGGCAUUGCCUACGGACGCCCCUCUAAAAACAUUCUCCUCCGCAACCUCAUCGUCCGCUCCAAUGUCAGCGCGGGCAUAUCGAUCGGCAGCGAGAUGUCGGGAGGCGUUUCGAACAUCACGAUCGAGAACAUUCACGUGUGGGGGUCGAGGCGAGCUGUCCGGAUCAAGACGGCCCCCGGCAGAGGCGGAUACGUCUCGGAUAUCACGUACCGCAACCUCACGUUAGACGGUGUGCGGGUCGGGAUUGUGGUGAAGACGGACUACAACGAGCACCCGGACGGGGGCUACGACCCCCGGGCCUUCCCUGUACUAGCUAAUAUCAGCUACGAGACGGUGCACGGCGAAAAUGUCCGUGUGCCCGUUCGAAUCCAGGGGAGUGAGGAGAUUCCCGUCGCCAAUGUCACUUUUCGGGACAUGUCGGUUGGGAUAACGAGUAAGAAGAAGAAUGUGUUCCAGUGUGCCUUUGUGCGGGGACGAGUGGUGGGGACUAUUUAUCCUCCGCCGUGCGAGAAUCUCGAUUUGUAUGAUGAGCGGGGGAGUUUGGUGAGGGGAUCUGAAUCGUGGAAUAGCUCGGAUAUUGAUUACGAUGUUUGA